ACCCACCUCCCGUGCUCGUUUGUCGCUGCAAUUGCAAGGGACCUAAUUUAUUUCCCAAUUCCCAAACCUAAAAAGUUUAAAACGUUCCUUACCCCCUGCUUGUGGGAGCUUGAACCUUCUUGGAACCACACUUCAAUGUCUAAUUGGAAGGUAGCAGCUCAUCAUCAUUUUGUGAACUAACCCAUCUCUGACUCUGAAAUGCCAUCUUACCUGCGAUUUCUGGUUCCAAGUUCACCUCCCAGUUGUGCUGCCAACAGCCAGUUGGGGCCACUAUACACUUAUGUGGUGGAUGGUGCACAUUUGCAACCAGCCAUGAUACAAUCAAAUAUCCAAAUAGCUUUUUCGAAGAACACAUCUCGCACAGUUACCUUCACUAAUUCCUUCCCAAGUGUGCACUGUGCUGGAACAUUGCAACUCAACAUAAACGCUGUAGAGAGAUCUGGUGUUGGGCAUAACCUUCUGCCACAAGCUGAUACGGGAUUAUUGCUGAAACAGACCAUCUCUGAAGAAGUUCAAGGUGAUAGUGAUUCUGAUUCUGUUGAAGGGGUUGGAGAUGUGGACCAUAAGGAGUUACGGAGAAGAAGAAAGAUAGGGUUAGCAAACAAAGGGAAAAUUCCUUGGAACAAAGGCAGGAAGCAUAGUGCAGAAACCCGCACUCUGAUCAAGCAGAAAACUAUAGAAGCUUUGAGUGACCCCAAGGUCCGAAGGAAGAUGUCCGAAUACCCUCAUGCUCAUACUGAGCAAAGCAAGGCAAGAAUAGGCUUUGCACAGAAACGGGUUUGGGCAAAGCGCUUGAAAUGGAAAAGACGGGGGGAGAAAUUAUUUCUGAAAUGGACAGAAAGCAUAGCAGAAGCAGCUAGGAGAGGCGGGAACGACCAACAAGAACUAGACUGGGAUAGCUAUGACAAGAUCAAAGCUGAAAUUGCUGUCCAACAGCUUCAGUGGGCUGCAGACAAGGCAAAGGAAAAGGAGCUUGCAAAAUUAAGAAAAGAAAAUGCAGCUAAGGCAAAUGCUAAGAAGACGGUGAAGAUUGCCCUGAAGAGAAAAGAUAAGGGACAGAAAGCAAAAGCUAGAGGAGUAAGGAAGAAAAAGAUUGAUAGAUCAAUGGGAGAUAAAGAAGACUUGGCUGCUUCAAAGGAGUUCAAACUCAAGGCAAUAUUAGCAAAGAUUCACAGAAGGAAGUCAACAAACGGUCAAGUCGGUAGUCAAGAGGACUCAGCAACUGCACAUCAGCCGGCUAUUAAAAAAUGGGAUCUAGAGUUUAUUCAGAGGGAAAAACUGCGAAGUGAAAUUUCACUUGCAGAUCAGAUCCAAGCUGCAAGGAGCAGAAGAGCAGAAUAUGCAGCACAGGAAUCUCUGGCAGAGUCUUGGGGUCAUCCUUCCAUUACAUGGUCAAUGGGAGAAGAGAAGAGUUAGCUUAAGGCUCGCUGUGAUGUUGAGGAAGAUAAUUGUAGGAAACUGUGAUGUUUUACUUGAUGUCAUGGGGUUAGAUUUGGUGACAAGGCAUGAACUAAUUGAGCAAUGGUUCAUGGACAUUCCCUCACUUCUCGGCUGGGUUUAAGCAGUACAAGGGUGGCAGCACAC